GUGCCUGAUCAAAAUUCGCUCCUGCUAACCGUCAGUCGCGGGGCAGUGACAGCUGAAUAUUAUUCAUUCAGUGUUUUAGUGUAUGCUGAAAAUAUAGUCGCUACAAUGUUCGAGGAAGCUAGUGAAGUCUUUGAUAACAUGUUCAAAUCUUCGUUUCCCCUAACCUUUAUUGUGUUUAUCCCUGCGGUGUUGAUCCUGGUGUCCCCUCUUCCAGCCGAAGCAGCACACGAGUUCACGGUGUACCGCAUGCAGCAGUACGACCUCCAGGGACAACCGUACGGUACCCGAAAUGCCAUCCUGAAUACGGAGGCGCGCACCGUGGAGGCAGAGGUACUAAGUCGUCGCUGUGUUAUCAUGCGACUGGCGGACUUCUCUUACGACAAGUACCAGAAAGCUUUGCGGCAGUCUGCGGGGGCUGUGGUCAUCAUCCUGCCCAAGAACGUGUCUUCUAUGCCACAGGACAUAGUGCAGCAGUUCAUGGAGUUGGAGCCAGAAAUGUUGGCCACUGAGACCAUCGUCCCCGUCUACUUUGCCAUCGAGGAUGAUGAGCUGCUGUCCAUCUACUCUCAAACCCUCACCUCCUCGUCCUCUCAGGGUUCCUCAUCAGCAGCUGAAGUGUUGCUGCAUACAGCCACAGCUAAUGGCUUUCAGAUGGUGACCAGUGGAGCUCAGAGCAAAGCUGUCAGCGACUGGGUCAUCACCAGUUUGGAGGGUCGUCUGGCAGGAGUUGGAGGAGAGGACCUGCCCACUAUUGUCGUGGUGGCUCAUUACGAUUCUUUUGGAGUGGCUCCAUGGCUGUCGUACGGAGCAGACUCAAACGGUAGUGGGGUGUCCAUGUUGCUCGAGCUGGCUCGUCUCUUCUCUAAACUCUACACCUACAAACGGACACAUGCUGCGUACAAUCUGUUAUUCUUCGUAUCUGGUGGAGGAAAGUUUAAUUACCAGGGGACCAAACGUUGGCUGGAGGACAACUUGGACCACACGGACUCCAGCCUGCUGCAGGACAACGUAGCAUUUGUUUUGUGUCUGGACACUCUGGGGAACGGUGACUCUCUCUACCUUCAUGUGUCCAAACCCCCGAAAGAGGGAACCCCUCAGUAUUCUCUGCUCAAAGAACUGGAGAGUGUGGUUAAUAGUCAGUACCCAGAGGUGAAGUUCUCCAUGGUCCACAAGAAGAUCAACCUGGCCGACGACAUGUUGGCCUGGGAGCACGAGCGCUUUGGGAUCCGCCGCCUGCCAGCCUUCACUCUGUCCCAUCUGCCCUCGCACCGUUCAGCUCAGCGCUCCAGCAUCAUGGACGUGCGGUCAGUGUCCCCCUCCUCUCGCCAUGGAGCGGGAGAGCCCCCUGCUGGGCCUCAUGUAGAUGUUAGUAAGCUAGGCAGGAACACCAAAGUGGUAGCAGAGGCCUUGGCCAGGGUUAUCUACAACCUCACAGAAAAGGGAGCGCCUGAAGAUCUGCAGAUUUUCACAGAACAAAUGCAGGUGCAGGAGGAGCAUCUGUCAGCGGUGGUCGAUUGGCUCACAGUUCAACCUCGAGCUGCUCAGCUGGUGGACAAAGACAGCAGCUUCGUCUCCACUCUGGAGUAUCACCUUGGACGUUACCUCAAGGAUGUCAAAAGACACUACGUUAAAGCUGACAAAAGAGAUCCAGAGUUUGUUUUCUACGACCAGCUGAAGCAGACGAUGAACGCUUACAGAGUGAAGCCGGCUAUUUUUGACCUGCUGCUGGCUGUUUGCAUCGCGGCCUACUUAGGGAUGAUGUACGUGGCGAUCCAGAACUUUGGAGUCCUCUACAGCGUCAUCCGUAGAAUCACCCAGACAAAAGCCAAGGUCCACUAAAGCUUUGUGUUUCCCAGACCCGACUGUACCUCGUCCCUCUAAUCCAGACACUCAAGUCAGGAAGAACAAGAAGCCGGACCGAGCUGCUGUCUGUGCUCAUUACGAUCAGCACAAUCACUUCCAUUUCCUUCAUCUGGACACACAAACGAUGAUGUCAGAUCCCGUCUUGCUGCCAACUUUUUUCCAUGCGCUCUCAUGGACCGUAUUCAGGAAUCACGUUUCUCUCUGCAAAUGUUUUCACGUUCAUUUCAACUCGACACUCGUGCUGGAUUAUUAUUUCUGGACGUCUCCAGUUUGUUGACGGUUCAUAGUGAGAUCGAAUGAGUUCUUUGUGCCGAUGUCUUCAUCACUUCCUGUCCCACUUCUCAGUUCACUUUGAGCCAAGCGGACAUUGUUGUAUUU